AAAAGAAUAAAGUAUAAAUAUUAACGGGGUAAAGGACGACAACGGCGACAACAAAAAAGUUAAAUAAUUAUUAUUGCCAGGAAGAUCGAGGUGUAUAUGUAUAUGUGUGUGUGUGUGUAUAUACGCGUAUAUAUAUACAUACAUAUAUAUAUAUGUAUACAUACGCCUAUACACAUGUGUAACACACAAAAGAUACGAAUACACACGCGCAUCCACUGUAAAUACAUAUAUUAUUACUUACACGACCGCGAAAGAAUAUACGUAUGUAGAUGUAUAUAUGUAUGCACACACUUAAAUAUAAAUACAACUAUGUGAGUUUAACACGUGAGAGAGGAGGCAAGACAGAGAGGGAAACAGAAAGCGAGAGUUAACGUGUGAGUGUGAGAGUGAGAGUGUGUAAAAAGGGACAGAGCGAGAGGGAAAGAGAGGGAAUAGGCUAAGGUAGGAAGAAACACAUGGAAAAAGAAAAAAAUCAAACAGUGGAAACGGCGAAGGCACAUCACGAAGAGAGAAGGAGAGAAAGGCACGGGGAGAUAUCGUCUGAUGGACAAAUUUCGAUCCAGGACAAACCGGAUAACACCGCAUUAGCGCGAUUCGUCUCGCGGACACUUGAAGACGCACCGCUACGUAACUUGUACACACGUCCACCACAAACAUACCAUCAUAUACACGCAAACACACACAUAUACACUCACUUGCCUUUGUCUAAUCUGUUGUGUGCUUGUACAUUUAUUUUCGUUCUCGCCAUUCCAUAUAUUUGGCCAAUCAGCUGGUUUCGUACAUUUUCAAUAUCACUUCGGCACGUGUACUGGACGCUAAUCCCGACGUCGCAAGGACGAAUCCGAAGGCAUCGGAGACAAAGCCACGCGAUAUAAAUCGGCAGGAAACGUACGCGUGAAAAGUCGUGGAGAAAUCGCGAGAGGGAACGCACCAAGGUCCUAGGAUCGCGCAGCAUCGGCUCUUAUCGUGCAAGUUCAAGAGUCGCGGAUUUAAAGUCAAAUCGCUGAAUCGGUUGGUACGUGCGAAAAUGGAGGAUUCGAUCCAAUACAUAAACGACAUGAUAACAGAGAGCCAUAUAAACGCGUCUGCAAAUAACUUGAACAAAAUAUCCAACUCGAAUGUGAAAGAUAUAGCAUUUGUGUGUCAGCAUUGGAAACAGCACUGUGACCUUUUGCAUCAACUGUUUCAUCCUAUGUAUGUGCAACUGGUAAUAAAACAUGAGGAACUCUCCAGCACAGAGAAAUUGACAAUACUAUUUAAGGACAAAGCGAGAGCGCACGAGAAAUCUCUAUGGACCCUAAACUUGGCGGACGACGCAGCUUGGAUAAAGAAGCUGCAGAUGACUAAUGAACGCAUUGAUAGAUUAAAAACGGCAUUAUUCGAUUGGGAAUUUAUAAAAAAUCAAUCCACCGAGAUGGCCGAUGAUAUCAUCCUGAUAAUGUUUCUGCACUCGGGAUAUCGAGAAGCAAUGGAGCUAGAAAAUGAAAUAGAAUACUUGAAAGAUCUUCAGGAUAAAAACGCAAAAGACUGCGCGGAACCCUCCAAAAUAUUGAAGAACGACACGAGUAAAGGCAACGAACGACUCGGGACUCAGACGAAUGAGGCUCAGGAGAAAGAAGCUAAGUUGGUGUAUGAAACAAAAUUGAAAGAAAUAAAUGACUUCCUGCAUAACAUGUACAAUAGCUAUUCUGGUCAAUAUGGAAAAUUGCUAAUCAUGAUGCAACAUGAAAAGAUUAAAAAACUGUCUGCUGUUAAGGAGACACUCGUCCGCAUUAACGACACGAAUGUCGAGGAGUUAAUGAUGGAAUUGUUGGAAGUACUAUCAAAUAAUGUUUACGAUUAUAUAAUAACAGUGAGACACCAGCUUCUCGUUGCGUAUAAUAAUUAUAACGAAAAGGCCAGUGAGCAGCAUCUUUCAUGUCUACAUGAACAGAUAGCAAUGUUUAAAGAGAUUUUCAUUGAACUUUGUACCACGAGCCCGGAUGCGAAGAAGUUGAGUGAAAAGAAAUGUCGGGUCGCAGAAUUAGAACAACAAUAUGCCCAACUUACCGAGAAGCCAGAAGAACGAUACACUGAAGACAUAAUAAUGUCCUUACGCGAAAGCAUGCGCAAGUGUAACGAAAAAAUAUCCGCUGUGAGCAAUCUAGCCCAGGAUAUAACGAUAGAAAAUACUUAUAACGUUCGAUUUCUCUUAUCCGAGAAGGACACGAAUACACUUUCGACAGAUUCAAUAGAAAAAUACAUAGAGGGUUAUACAUUGAGUAACGUAAUACUGGUAAAUGAUGAGAAAGAAAGCAAUACAAAGCAGUCUGGUGAUGGGAACGAGUUAAAUGAUAAAAAGGAAGUACAACACUCCAAAAAUGAUGAAACUCACAAAGAGCGAAUCGAGACGAAAAAGGGGGAGAGAAGAAAGGCAGAAAUUUAUGAGGGUGCUAAGGGUACGAAUGAGUUCAAAGAGAGAAAGUUGCAAGAUAAGAAGAAUGAGAUGCAAAAUCUGCGAAGUGAAAAUUUCAAGUUGGAGAACGAAAAUAAAAAUUUGGAGAUGGAGUGCAAGGUGUACGAGGAGAUACUGAAGAAGCUCAAACUUUCCGAUAACAUCCACAAGGUGUUGUGGGAUCAAAUAAAAAUAAACAAGGAUAUCAUGUUGAAAAGGCAAAGCAGUCUAAAUAAGGAUGAGUGGCUUUCCAAACAGCAGAGAUUUCACGCAUAUCUCAAAAAGAUACAUCGAGUGCAACGAGAAAUCAUAGAGAAAAACGAAAGCUGCAAUUUGCACAAAGAAAACUUAUCCUCGACGAAAUUUUCAAAUAUUCCCUCUAAUGAAAAACGAAGUUGCUUAGUUUGCUCGGCUUCCAAUGAAACCCUGUUGCAUGCCACGUCUGCUAUUUCUAUUAUUUCCAAACGAAUAGUCCUAGUAAGCGCGAUGUACCACGUGGUCCCGUUUAAGAAAUUAUUCGAGACUAUAUUGAACUAUAUAACAAUCGAAAGAAAUGUGGAACUUACGAGAAGAAGGAAACUACAUGUCGAGUGGAAGAGGAGACAGGGGAGACGAGCGAAACGAGUGAGACGAACGAAACGGACAAGACAAAGGAAGUCGCCGGGAAUAAAUAUGGAACUAAUGGAACAUAGAAAAUUACUUAAUCACAAAUAUGUCGACUCUCUUGCGAAAGAGAUAAACAUCAUGGCGCCAUUAACGAAAAAUAGGAACGAUAUAUCCAGUGGAUACGUGAAUACCAUUAAAGAGAGUCCCGACGAUGAAGAAGUUUGUUCCAAAACUAUGUCUUAUAUUAUAGAUGCUAUCAACUCUUGUACAAUUAAGAAUGAGGACGACACUGAUAUGUGCAAGAACAUAGAGGACUUUUUCAGGGCCGAGUAAAGUGAAGUUAGAAAACCUAUUGAAACGAAGGCGCCCACGAUGUGCGGAUUCAAAUCACAGGAUCAUGAAGGACACUGAAGAGAAAGGAAGAAGAAGAGAAAUGGAGAGGGAAAUAUAUAUAUCCAAUUACCUAGCGAUUUCGCGUCUCGGUCGUGACUCAAACAUCGAUGUCUUCGUUAUCACGAAGUUAUCUUGCGCGCACGGAGAGACGGACUGACUCGUCUUCAGAGAGUAACGAAAGGGCGAAAGAGUCAGCAGCAAUGGCGUAUGCCAGCCAAACGGAAGUGGCAGCUAAUUCGACAGCAACAGCCACUGAGACGACCAAUCUUCCCGUCUGCGCGUCACUCUCAGAUCCAUCUUCAUUGUCAUUGUAUAUCGUUACGCGACAUCUCGUCAUUCACGCGGC